CGCAGCCGCAGUGAGUCGAGAAUGAUUCGCCCCCUUCCCCUCUCCCCCAUUCCAAUGUAAGAUGGUGGUGUGAAUAUACUACCAUACCACAGAGGAUGAUAGAAAAACCAAGGCGUUUUCUCAAUACAACUACAAUUGAAUAUAAACGCUGACUGAAAUACAGUUGCCUGUUUGGCAGUUCAGAAAGAUUAUCAAUCCCCGCCCCAGUUUGGUCAGAAUAACCUUUGGAGUGGAAUCCCAGCAAAAAUAGACAAGGCCCUGCUGUGCUGCUGCUCGCCCGCCCGCACGCACUUUCUGUCCGUCUCUUGGUUUUCCCCCAGGAUGUCCUGCAGUCCAGAGGUUAAAGACGUGGACCCCAUGGAGUGUCCUCUGUGCAUGGAGCCCCUGGAGAUUGACGACGUCAACUUCUUCCCCUGCACCUGCGGGUACCAGAUCUGCCGAUUCUGCUGGCAUCGCAUCCGCACAGAUGAGAACGGCCUCUGCCCCGCCUGCAGAAAGCCUUACCCAGAGGACCCGGCGGUGUACAAGCCCCUGUCAGCUGAGGAGCUGCAGAGGAUAAGGAACGAGAAAAAGGCCAAACAGGUGGAGAAGAAACAGAAGGUGACGGAGAACAGGAAGCACCUGGCCAGCGUCCGGGUGGUGCAGAGGAACCUGGUGUUUGUAGUGGGGUUGUCGCAGAGACUGGCUGAUCCUGAGGUAUUGAAGAGACCGGAGUAUUUUGGAAAGUUUGGGAAGAUCCACAAAGUGGUCAUCAAUAACAGCACAUCAUAUGCAGGCUCACAGGGUCCCAGUGCCAGUGCAUAUGUCACUUACCUCCGUUCAGAGGAUGCCCUCCGAGCCAUUCAGUCUGUGAACAACGUAAUAGUAGAUGGUAGAACACUGAAGGCUUCUUUAGGCACUACUAAGUACUGCAGUUACUUUCUAAAGAGCAUGCAGUGUCCUAAGCCUGACUGUAUGUAUCUACAUGAGCUGGGGGACGAGGCGGCCAGCUUCACUAAAGAGGAGAUGCAGGCGGGGAAGCACCAGGAGUAUGAGCAGAAGCUGCUGCAAGAUCUGUAUAAGAACCCUGUAUUUACCACCCAGGCCUCCGGAGGGGAGAAGACCAAGAGCUCCAAACCCAGCUCUUUACAAAGAUCAAACAGUAAUAGCAGUCAUGGCCAGGAGGUGUGGCCAUCGUUACAACCCACAGGGAAGACGGCCAAUGGCCUGUCCUCAGAGCACCGCAAGAGCCCGCCAUUGGACGGCGGUGGUUCUGAUUCAGAACACAUGGUAUCAGACGGGCCAGAGUGUGAUAUCGGCCUGGGUUCUGGCCUGUCCCCUUUCUCCUCCAGCUGUGACCCCUCUAGCCCCAGUGACGUCCUGCCAGAUGUCAUCAGCAGUAGUAUAGUCCAGCAUGGGAUUCUAGGCAACGGAGACUCCUCUGAACAACACAACCUGCUCCCAGACUGUGACUCUCCAUCGCCCCCUCCUGUCCAUGCCGGCCCUCCUGGUUUCUCCAAACCCAGCCUAAUGGCUCCCAUCAGCGUGGCGUGCCUGACAGCGCGGUCUCCCUUCGAGGGGGCGGCCGCAGAGUCUCAGUCUCUCUUCUCGGACAACAGUAACUUCCGCCAUCCAAACCCCAUCCCCAGCACCUCCUCACGCAACCCCCAGCAGCAGGACAGCUGGCCCAUGGCUCCGGAGCCACACAGCCUCUUCACCUCAGACACCAUCCCGGUAUCGUCAUCAACAGACUGGCAGGCAGCGUUUGGCUUCGGCUCGUCCAAACAGCAGACCUCAGAAGACGACCUGGGAUUCGAUCCGUUUGACAUCACCCGUAAAGCCCUGGCGGACCUCAUAGAGAAGGAGCUCAGUGUUCAGGACAGCCUCCCGUCCCUGUCCCCCUUCCACCCCAGUCACACGCCCAUCAAACCUGGCCUUGGCCCUCCCGGAGGUCUGCUCCCCCAUCACAACCACUUCUCCGGGAUGAACUCUGGCCUCCCCCAGAACCGCCGCUUCUCCCCGAUGCAUCAGCACCCACAUCCUCAGAACAGAGCCAGCUACAGCACCUUCAGCUUCUCUGGACCGCCUUCCUCGUCCACGUCCUCAUCCACGUCGAAUGCAACCAGCCGUCACCCAUGGAUGACGUCCUCUGCAACUGUAGGCUCUGCCCCCUCGCGCAAUAACUUUACAAUGCACUUUGGCAACCACACGGCGUCCAAUCACACGACGUCCAACCACACGGCCUCCAAUCACACGACGUCCAACCACACCACUACCGCCUCGUUGUCGCAGCAUAGCAGCUUCCUCGACUUAGUGCUGCCUAGUAUGUCCAGUAUACAGCGCCACAACACGGGUGUAGGAGACAUCCCCAUGACAGCGGACUGCAGUCCUGGUGACGUUGGUGCCACUGAGCAGCACAUACAUAUUAAGGAGUGGCAGGACGGCCUAAGAGCCCUUCUGCCAAACAUCAACAUCAACUUUGGCGGGAUGCCGCCCAACUCCUCGUCUUCCUCCUGCUCCUCGUCCUCCUCGUCCGGCAUUCACCACCCAGGGGUGCCGCUGGGCUCCUCCGGGUCUGGACCGGGUUCUGGUGGCCCGGGGGGUGUGUCGCAUAGCCUUAGCUGGGACGGGAGCUUUGGAACGGCGAGCUGGAUGGACCCGGCCAUCAUCACAGGUAUUCCAUCGGCAGCCAGUAACAGCAUGGACUCCCUCCAGGAUGACAACCCUCCCCAUUGGCUCAAGUCUCUCCAGGCCCUGACAGAGAUGGACGCUGCGCCCCUCCCCUCCUCCGCCUCCAGCCCACAGCAGACCAACCCUCACGGUAGUCAUGGCGACGGCCCCUUUGGAGGUAGCCAGUUUCCCCUUCAGCACAGACCCAGCUGGGCCCCUUAUCUACCACCCCCCACAGUCCCCCACAGUCCCCACCCUGCCGGGCAGUUCCAUUCCCCUCCUCCAGGUUUCCAGACUGCCCUCAGAGCGCCGGGCCAGACAGCCCAAGAGCUGCUACAGAGUGCCGGCCUGGACCGUCACUAAGGACUGAUGCUGCGAAGUGGACUCUCCCCAGUUAUGACCUCGCCCACAGAAACCCACGGAAAGAAAAAAAGAAAUCAGCAUACUGAGACAAGCUAUUAACAAAAAAAGUUGUAACCAGAUGAUAUAUCGUUUGUUUUCUUCCUGCUCCUUGUGACCAGAUCUGAGUUCUAGUGUUUUAUCUGUCUUGGUGUUUGCUGUUGGCCUGAGAAGCACAUUGCUUUCCCAACCAUUCCCUCUACCUGACACUGUCAGUCGUUCCCCAUCGUGACCACAAGAGCACUGGGUUUUGGUGUUUUAUCAAAAUGGCUGCCGUUAUCAGCAUGCUCUGGGAUUAGGAGGGUCUCUGAACUGAGCCCCUUAUGUUGAGUGAUGGUCUCAUUUCUCUGUCAGUAUUAGGGUCAGCUCUUUUAGGGAUUUUUUUUCCCUACCUCAAAACAAGAUGGGGUGAUUAGUGAAUGAUCCAGUCAUAUUCAAAGGUUCUGGGUUUGACAUAACUGAAGGUAGCUGACCGGUGGAGUGUUAGGGGGCCUAUAACAGAACACAUUCACCUUUAACCCUUAACCCCUGGGGGAUUGGGUAACAGGUGGCCUCGAUUACUUUGAUCGUCGUCUAGGUGCUUUUGCAGUAUUUUUAUAUUUUUUCACGAUUGUAGUGGGAAGGUAUAUGGGUAGAAGCAAGAGCUGCCCGUCUGUCACGGUUUGAAACAAGCAGGCAGUGGCAGGAGAGCCUUAUGCCACCCUCCUCGUUGGGCGGUUGCUAUGGUAAUACAGAACUGUAGCUUAAGGAGACAAAUCCUCUUUGCUCUUUCUGCCAGUCUAAUAGUCCCGGACUCAUUGUCCUCCGUGGCUGACUCGGGGACAAUGUCAACCUAAGUGAGAAUUAGGAUCCAGGGGUUGUGGUCAGUUCACAGAGCUCCCUGAAAUUCCAAUCCUCUUCAGCUUUUUAAAUUGGUCACAAAUUUAAAUUUGAACUGGAAUUAAAAUGGAGUUGCCCCUAGCCCUUUUGUGGUUCUCUCCAUCUCGCUGUCUGUGUCCUUGUUAGAGGACAGAGGGCCCUCUUGUCUGUUCAGGAGGACAUUUUGAGUAUUGAACAGAGCAUGGUCUCUCCGAUAAAAUGAGGAGUCUUACCCGGUACAUUUGAUCUAUUUGUCUAUUUCACUGUCUCGUGUCUGUAAAGGCCCCUGGGCUCACUCCUCUAUAAAGGCCCCUGGGCUCACUCCUCUGUAAAGGCCCCUGGGCUCACUCCUCUAUAAAGGCCCCUGGGCUCACUCCUCUAUAAAGGCCCCUGGGCUCACUCCUCUAUAAAGGCCCCUGGGCUCACUCCUCUAUAAAGGCCCCUGGGCUCACUCCUCUAUAAAGGCCCCUGGGCUCACUCCUCUAUAAAGGCCCCUGGGCUGGCGGAUGUCCCGAUUACAGCACUAUUCCCUACAUAGUGUAUUAUUCCGUGGGGCGUAUUGGUCAGAAGUUGUGUAUUAGCUAGGGUUAUGCCCUUUUGAGGAAGCUGGCUGAACCAGUCUCCAUGCCAGACCACAGGGGUCCUCAUGGAGGACAUAUGACCUCUCAGAGCAGUGCAGGCUGGGGUUGGGGCAGGAAGGACACGCUGUUUGUACUGUCAUUUUCCAACAUCGUUGCUACGUAUGCACGACUACAAGAGGCAUUCUUCCAAAAGCUACCUAUGUGGCUUUGAUCUGUUGGAUGGGAUUAGAUCUAGCUGCUUUUUUAGGGGUGGGGCAACAAUACACAGGCUGAGGGCCCCCUGUCGUGAGCUGUCACGUGGCGCCUGGUGACAGUUUACUCAUCAUCAGAGUCUCACUCUGCUUGAGUCCACUGAGGGAGAAGUGGAGCUCCAGAAGUCUGGCAGAUUGAGGAAGCAGCAGGGCGAAUGGCAGUCGAGGACUCCCAGUGAUUUUUCAGACAGUGGUGCACUCCACAAUCUUUUUCAGUAUUUCCAUGUCCUUCAGAAUUCCCGGUUUGGAAAAAUACACACAAUCACAUAAAUCCGGGAUUCCUCCAACUGGGAUUUCUGGAAAACAUUGGAUGUUUGGGAAAGUUAUGUAGUGUAGUAACCCUCAAGCUGUGUGACGGAUUUUGGAACCGGAGGGAGCGCUCUGGGAGUUGAUUCAUAUUUAUAAUUUAGAACUGAAAUCCAGAGGAGAAGGGUGGCCAUGUUUGUUCCUGGAUGGAUUUUGACCAGCUGGUUAAGAGACCCACACCAGAUCAUCUUGUGUUUUCACUGUGUUGACAGUGCCGCGUGUGAUAUGGGGAGUGGUGGCGUUUCACCGCCUUGUGGUCUCAACCGGCUUCAAACUGUGCUGUCAGCCCUGCACUCCAGUCUGUUUGUGCUGACAUGUCCACCCCUUGUCAUUCCAUUGGUUUUCACAGCCGUGGAUGUUUGACCUGGCUACUGUGUUGGGAUAGUGGUGUCCAAAGGCAUCUCAAGCCACCAGCAACAAAAUGGGUUACCAACCAUAUGUACCCAUAACAUCAAAAUCAAUGCCCAGUUUUUAAUUUAAUGGUCUUAUUUGUAUUCACUGCUUAGGCCAUUCUGGCCGACCUACAACCUUUGACCUUUCAGUAUGGAAUGAGUAUGUAUUAGGAUUAGGGGUCUAAAACUCCGUAAACAGCCAGUGCGGUCUUCAUUCUAACCAUGGGUUUUACACAAAGCUAAACUACAAAAUAAAUGAACGUCAAAAACUGAAGAGCUGAGUGAAAUUGUACCUCUACAGGUCUGGAAGAAAAAAAUUAAAUAAAAAAAAUAUUAAACCUGA